AUGCUGUCACUCCAGUCACUUCACAUACUUGCAGCAGCAGUUUUUUUUCUGGUGAUGUGUCAUGCUGAGGAGAAGUGUGCAGGAACUCCUGGAAUCCCUGGCACCCCAGGAGCCAAUGGAUUGCCUGGAAGAGAUGGCAGAGAUGGUAUGAAAGGAGACUCAGGCCCACCAGGUCCUCAGGGGCCACCCAGUGGCAUGCCAGGUCUUCCUGGAAGAGAUGGGCUUCCUGGGGUGAAAGGGUCCCAGGGUGAAAAAGGCAACAAGGGGGAGAGAGGGGAGCCUGGACCACAAGGCCUGCCUGCUUCUGUUGAUCCUGAAUUGCAAGAAAGCCUCCAGGUUUUAAAACAUCGAAUUACCAGACUGGAAGGAGUCCUUACUUUGGAAGGAAAACUAACAGAAGUGGGGGAAAAAAUUCUCGCUACCAGUGGGAAAGAAGUCAAUUUUGAAACCACAUUAAAAGCAUGCGAACAUGCUGGUGGCUCCAUCGCCACUCCCAGGAACAAGGAGGAGAACGAUGCUAUUUUGGAUAUUGUGAAACAGUUUAACAGAUAUGCUUAUCUGGGUAUAAGGGAGAGUGAUGUUCCAGGUGAAUUCCAGUAUCUGGAUGGGAAACCUCUGAAUUAUACCAACUGGCAUGCUAGUGAGCCAAAUGGCAAAGGAGGGGAAAAUUGUGUGGAGAUGUACACUGAUGGAGGCUGGAAUGACAGAAAAUGCAACCAGUACCGCCUCACUAUCUGUGAAUUUUAA